AGAAGUAAGUGUGCACAGCUAGUGCAGUAUAUACAUACAGUAAAGAAAUGCCUUGGUUUCUUCUUUCGUGGGUAAAAGACGCCGUUUUUGCUCUAGCGCUGCUUCUUGCUGUAUGUGUUGCUGCGCGUGAAGGGCUGGCCGGCCUCGCGCGCCGCUCCCUUACGUUGCUGAGACUGGUGCCAGGCGUGCAAUCUCUGAUCAGGGGGUUGGUGCGGGGAGAGGUCCGCCGAUUCCUGAGACAGCUGGAGAAGGAGAAAGGCCGCGGCGGGGAGAGAGAGGGAGGACGAGAGAAGAAGACGAUGCAGCUCCCCGAGAAAGGGUUGAGUAAAGAAGAACUGAUUCAGGAGCUGAAAAAGAGGAAGAGAGUUGAGACCGACCCUCAUGCAGGGAGAGAGAUUUGUACGCAUACGUGGACACAGGGAAGGGGAAGAGUUCGACGCCGUGGAAGGAAACGGCAUUGGACAGCGUUUGAUUGGAGACCAUAGUAGUGCACGGACGAAGCAAGACUGGAGAGGAAUGAAAGGACGCGAGAGCCUGAGCCCAGGGAGGA